GUGACGUAAAAAACGUCACGUAGUAUAAAAGCUAUGUCCCUCCCUUUCGAGCUCAUUCCUGGAUUUGGUCAAAGGUAUGAAUUUGCUUUGCCGAAGACUGAACCGUCGAGGACUUUGAACAACUCUACUCAAAUUCAUAUUUUUUCUUCAAGUAAUGGACAUUUGAUUACCAUUUUUGCCUCCAGUUUGUUCCUGAAGGAAAGGCUAGCCUAUAGCUAUCACAGCCCCACCCAUAAGAAGUCUUUCAGUUGAUAUUAAAACCAUGAAGGUUGACGAUAUAAAAUUGAUGAAAUAAGAGAUAUAAGUGCAUGAAAAGCACACUCUGAUAUACCCGAGACGCUGAGGAUCUAUAGUAUCAAUAAUAUGGCAGGUGGACCAGUGGACCCCAGAGAGAUUUUGAAGGGUGUGGAGGCUCUGCUGGGGAAGGAUGGAGAGCUCCGCAGCCUGGAGGGAGUCCCAAAGGUGUUUAGCCUCAUGAAAGCUUCUACCAAGAUGGUCAGUAGAUGUAUGUACCUGAACAUCCUGCUGCAGACCAAGUCCCAUGAUGUUCUGAACAGGUUUAUCAGAGUUGGUGGCUACAGACUGCUCAACUCCUGGCUCACCUACUCUAAAACCGCCAACAACACCCCCUUGCUGCAGCUCAUCCUGCUCACACUACAGAAGCUGCCUCUCAAAGUGGACCACCUGAAACAGAACAACACGGCCAAGCUGGUGAAGCAGCUGAGCAAGAGUGCAGACACCGAAGAGCUGAGGAAGUUGGCGUCCGUGCUGGUAGACGGUUGGAUGGCUACGAUCCGUUCCCAGAGUGUCUCGAGCAGUGCCAACUCUCCUGCUGAUAAGAAAAAGAAGAAAGAGGAGAGCAAGGUUCCGCUGCGGGACGUGAAGGAAAAGAGUGUCGAUGAGGAGAAGAAGAAGGAGAAACCUAAAGCUCAUGCACCCAGCCACGCAAAGAUCCGCUCCAUAGGACUGGAGAUGGACACUCCCAACCCGGCCCCUGCUAAGAAGACGCCCACUGCCCCACAGCUGGGUGACAAGUACAACAUCAAGCCUCCAGUCCUCAAGAGGCCCAGCACUGGUCCAUCAGAUGCUCCGCCUCUGGAGAAAAAAUACAAACCUCUGAACACCCCCUCUAACUCUGCCAAAGAGAUCAAAGUCAAGAUCAUUCCAGCUCAGCCGAUGGAGUGCACAGGGUUCCUAGAUGCUCUGAACUCUGCCCCAGUCCCCGGGAUCAAGAUCAAGAAGAAGAAACCUAGUACUGGUACAACAACUAAUACCAAGGCAGUCUCCCCCACGUCGAACAAGCCGAGUCCAUUUGACAGCAAACCCUCUACAUAUUCCUCAUCUUCUGCUAAACCGUCAUCUCCAGAAACCGCUGCUUCCAUCACUCCUGCUGAUGAAAACCAGGAGCCGGAGCAGCCUGGAACCCCUGUUCCUUCUGAGGACCCCGAGGCUUCUGACAACGGUGAGAAGCCUAACGCUCUGGCAGAACCGCGCGGAGAAGAAGAAAGUUUGACCAAGAAGGGCAAGAAGAAGAAGACGGUUCACUGGGCUGAGGAGGAGCAGCUCAAACACUACUUCUACUUUGAUCUGGACGAGACAGAGAGAGUCAACGUCAACAAGAUUAAGGACUUCGGUGAGGCCGCCAAACGAGAGCUGAUGAUGGACCGGCAGACGUUUGAGAUGGCUCGUCGGCUCUCCCAUGACACCAUGGAGGAGAGGGUACCCUGGUCACCCCCGAGGCCUCUGACGCUGACCGGUAGCCUGGUCAUCCCUGGGGCCAACAGCACAGAGAAACUAACCCAGAGAGAUCGUGAGAUGGGCAUUCUGCAGGAGAUCUUCCUCAGCAAAGAAAGUGUGCCUGACAGUCCACAUGAACCAGACCCAGAGCCUUAUGAACCCAUGCCUCCCCGUCUCAUCCCUCUGGAUGAGCAGGACUCGUCCAUGCUUGAUGACGGCUACGCCGAGCCCAUGGAAACCACAUCACAACAGGCCUCUGCCAUGGCUCAGACCGAGAACUCCAAGCUGCCCCCUGUCCUGGCCAACCUCAUGGUCAACCUGAGCAACAGCUCCCGCAGCCCGCAACCCACGAACACCGCCAGCAACCCCGUGCCUCCCACUGUCAACGUACAGGAGCUGCUCUCAUCUAUCAUGGGUGCUUCUGGCAGCCAGUCUACUGAAGACUUGAUCAAGCAGCCGGACUUCUCAGACAAGAUUAAACAGCUACUGGGAUCCCUGCAGCAGACUCAGAACCAGAACCAGGGUGGACCUCCACCAGUCAACCAGGGUCUGCUGGGCCACGGGCCAGGCAUGAACAAUAUGAACAACAUGAACAUGCACAUGCAGAUGCCCAUGAACGGGGGCUACCCCCCCAACAACCCGCCCGGCGGGCCUCGCUUCAACCACCCCCCGCCCCCUCACAACCAUGGGCCACCUUUCAAUGCUGGUGGAGGCCCGCGUAUGAUGGGACCGCCGCCGGGCCAGGGCCGAGGAGACAACGGCAAUUACUGGGGAGAUGACUCCAUGAGAGGAGGGCCCCACAGGGGGGGUCACUUCCACCGAGGAGGACGGGGCCGAGGAGGAGGAGAACCAGGCUUCAGGGGCCGAGGACGAGGAGGGCCCAGAGGAGGACACAACAACAUGAAUGACAUGUCCAAAAGGCCUGUGUGUCGUCACUUCAUGAUGAAGGGAAGCUGCAGGUACGAGAGCAACUGUGCUUUCUACCACCCCGGCGUAAAUGGACCACCUUUGCCUCCCAACCACCCCGCUAACAACCAACACAACCAGCACCCACAGCAUGGACACUAGGUGACACUGCUGGGAACAGCUGUGAGAACUUUUGGCCUCUGGAAGGCAUUCUCUGUGAUGAAACCGUUGCACGGUGUGGGGGCCGCUGGGUGUGACACAGGCACAGAACGAGUUGGGGUGGUGUCCUUAGACUCUGACGUGUCUGAAGGAGACGGGCCUGGAACAGUGAGCUCUGCCUUACCUGAGAAAACAAAGAAGACAGGAGAGAGGGGCGUGGACUGAGGGGCUGUGAGAUGAUCACUGAUGGGACUCUUUUUAUUGGGAUCAUUUUUAACAGUGAGACUGAAACACACCACACUUGACCACUAUGUCUGAGUUGCUGCCUAUCUGCUCUGUCACUUUCCACACCAUUAACAUGGUCGACCAAAUGGAAGUCUCCUGCUCAGCAGAGAGCCUUCCACAUCACUGAAUUCCCUUCUUAUUGAGGCUGUUGUACUGUGUAAUACAUGUGAUGUGCUUUCAUCCGUUAGGUUUGUACAGAAGAGUCAAAUGUUUUUCUUUAUUACAUGAUUCUGAAAUCUGAGACAAACAUUUAGGAAGCACUUUAUAAAGAUAAAGGCCAGCAAGAAAAGCCACAGCUGGGAUUCAUUCAAACUGGGCCUGAAGAAGAACUGCAUUUAAUUUAAGCUGCUUUAUUUCCCCCUUGUCCUCUGCAGAAAAUAGAAGUGAACUGUGCUGACCUGAUGAACAGGUCUUGCUUUUUUUCUUUUCUUACAGCAGCAGAUAUUGAAUGUGAAAGAAACAACAGGAGUGUGUUAUUAUAUAGAAUCUUUUCCCUCUGCUCUGGCUCAGCAACUUGACGUGUGUGGGGCCUGACAAUCAUGAGCGUCAAACGUGUCACGGUCCUGUCAGAGGGGGGCGGCUUCUCCCUGAACCCAGGAGGGGUUACUGUCAGUGUUAGGAGGCAGGUGCUCUGUGGGUCAGCGAUAUUAAGUGUUUUCUGUGAAAACAAUGACCUGUGCGUCUCUUGUGGGACUGUAAGAAUGUAAUAUUUCUGUUGUUCCCUCCCCCUCCAUGUACUUUUUUAUUUUGAUAUGAGAACGUUGGCCCUUUUUAACAUGGGCUGGGGUUUUUUGUCAGUAUGAAAUGUUUGUAUUCAUGUGUUUGUAUGAAUACAGAACACACAUUCAUAGUCAUAUUUUCAGUUGAAUUCUUUUGUACACUGUGUAUUGAAUAAAUGUCCAAACAUAAAUGAAGCUGUUGUUUGAAAGUGGGACCGCUGAGAGCCACACGCAGUGUAGAUGACUACAUUAAAGGAUGGGUUCACAUUUCUUUAGAUCUGCUAUAGAACGCUAACAUGCCAUGUGUACAUUGAAAAUACUUUCAUUCCUUCUGUCCAUACUGGCUGUGAAGUGAUGCAUCCGAGCACGACUCCACUGAAAAAGAUGGGAGACAAAGCACAUGUUCUCCCAUAUGGCAGUUUUACAAGUGUAGUAUGAACAGUACAAACUACAGCGACAGGAUGACCAGAGCUGAAUCUACAUAUUGUGAGCCUUACAAGAACUGCCACAUAAUCCUAACACACGCAGUGAUUAGUGCAGGACUAGAUUUUUGUGUCAUGUAUCCAGUUUGAAUGAAUGUGGCUGAAAUGUUGGAUACUCUUAACGCUGAACAGAAACAUACUCACACCUCACCUGUAGUGGCACUAAAAACCUGAUGGUGGCGCUCAGUGAGUGUCCAUCCUACAGGAUCCCUGGUGGAAUAUACUGUAAAUUAUAUUAAGCAUCAUUAAUAAAUGUCAGACUAAAGGACAGGCAGCACCACCAUCGGGCCCUGUGGUGAAAAUGUUCUGCAGCAGCAGACCUUUAAAGAAGAAAAAGACCUGCGGCCAAAUGUGUAGAAGUUUCCUAACAUCUCUGACUCCUGCUGGGCCAACCAGCCAGUCGUUGUCCCCUCAUGAUGGGUUUGCAACCCAAUAGAUGACAGUUCUAGAAAUGAUGCAAUGAAAGUGAGCAACUGUCCUGGAGCCUCAGACGUCAAGGGGUCCCGAAGGCCCCAAAAUUUCCCAUGUUAACCAGCUGAUGUCUGGUAAUUUGGGUUGAGUUUAUUUGAGAUUAUAAAUAAAUGACAACAUUAACUCA